AUGAUCGACAUGGCCGAAGCCACCGAGGUCGACACCGAGCGCCGGCCGAGCCUCGUCCACCGCGUCCACCGCCUCUCGAUCGAUGAGCAUACGCCGCCGUCGUCGCCGAUGGUCCAUGAGACGCACUACGACGCGCUCAAAGCGGCGCCCCAUCGCUGGCGCCAGCACAUGCCUAUCGCCGUGUACCUCGUCGUCGUCAGCAGCGUGCUCACGACCCUCUUCUACUACAGCUUCUUCGCUGCCAAAGUCAAUGGCCAAGCGCCAGCCAUGAUGGGCUGCCGGUACUUUGGCUACUGGAAGGGACCCAACUGUGGCCUCCAUGGCAUCGACUGCCAGCCCUUCCAGACCGACUGGUUCGCCUUCCGGUGCCCCAGCGGCUGCCUCUCUGAUCAGUCGACGGCGCUCGCGGUCAUCGGGUCGGGGCCGUACCGCGGCGACUCGCGCAUCUGCAAGGCUGCGAUCCACGCCGGCGCCAUCGGGUCGGGCGGCGGCUGUGGCCUCAUGCGCUACGACGACGAGCGCAUGAGCUUUGCAGCGUCCACGCAGCACGGCGUCACGACCCAAGCAUUUGCCUCGUGGUUCCCCAAGACCAUGUCUUUUUACCUGGACACCGCUUCGAUCUCGCACUGCGUCGACCUGUCGUGGUACAUUUUCAGCGUCGGCGCUGCCGCAACCCUCGGGUUGGCGUGGUUUCCAGCGCUCUCGCCGGCGCUCCUCACGCACGUGCAGUGCGUUUGGGGCUACGUCUACGUGACGCUCAUUGCGUCACCGACCAGCUUUGACUAUGAUUCGCUGAGCCUCCAUCUCUUCACCGACAUUGCGAUCGUCCUUGUCGCGGUGCACUGCCUGCACCUCUGGGUUGUGCAAGACACGUUUGCAAACUAUGCGUCGUACUCGCGCAAGGAGCGAUUUGGGUACUGGGGUCUUCUCUCGGUCGUGCCCUUUCACCUCAUGCUACACUUGACCCAGUUUGGAUACCUUCCGUGGCUCAACUUCAACUUUGGCGGCUACGUGGCCACCUCGGGCGUGAACGCGUGGACGUACGUUGUCUUUGGGCUCCUCGGGCUCGUGGCGCUCGGCCUUGCCUUCCUAUUGUUGCGGCACCUCUACCAGCGCAAAGCGCUCGUCUCCCUCUUUGGCUUGUACGCUCUAGUCGCUGUCUACAUGGCCAUCGUCCACGGCCUGUACCCGCAUACGCUCCUGCAUCUCCACCACGUCCAAAUUGGUCUCCUCCUGCUGCCGGCGACGGCCUUUCCGACGCGACCUGCAUAUUUCGUCCAGGCGAUCGGGCUCGGGCUCUUUAUCCAGGGCUACGCGGCGUGGGGCUGGCCGACGUUUCUCGAUACGCCCCCCGCGUACUACUACCUGGACGCUCCGACGACUGCGCCGAACGCGCGCAAUCUCACGUCGUCGACCGCCAACGUCUCGUGGCCGGCCCUAAACGACGUGCAAGGCUACGCCCUCAUGCUCAACGACGUGCAAGUGUACCGCGGCGUGAGCGACUGGACACUGCUCUCGGACCUCCGCCCCAACACGACGUACUUUGUCAGCGUCUCGGGCAUUGGUGCUGGCGGCGCCGACGGCAGUGUUGGUCCCACCGGCAACUUUACCACCAGUGGCGUGUAGUUGAUACCUUGAUACUUGCGUCUUGUUGAUUACAUAUAUUAUGUGUGGGAUUCUUCUACUCC